UUGGCUCCUCAAGCUCAGUCGGCGGGAGCGAAGUGGCUUGAAAACAAGGCUGCCAAAAGAAGCCAGCGAGCUGAACCGAACUGAACGGACCACCGGGACAUGCCCUGCAUCUUGUGAGGACGAAUAACAGCCCACCGGGAAGCCAAGAUGACGGUGGAUUUUGAAGAGUGUGUCAAAGAUUCGCCCCGCUUCAGGGCAAAUAUCGAGGAAGUGGAGACAGAGGUUGUGGAGAUUGAGGCAAAACUCGAUAAGUUGGUGAAGCUCUGUGGCGGCAUGAUAGAUGCGGGGAAGGCGUACGUCAGUGCCAACAAAAUUUUCAUCAGUGGCAUCCGGGAUCUGUCGCAGCAGUGCAAGAAGGAUGAAAUGAUCUCGGAGUGCCUGGAAAAGUGCAGCGAAAGUCUUCAGGAAAUCAUCAACUACCACAUAGUGCUUUUCGAUCAAGCUCAGCAUUCAGUCAAGCAACAGUUGCAUCACUUUGUCAAAGAGGAUGUACGCAAGUUCAAGGAGACCAAAAAGCACUUUGAGCGCAUGCGUGAGGACAUGGAGAUUGCGCAGGUGAAGAAUGCGCAGGCACCCAGGAACAAAGCUCACGAGGUGGAGGAAGCUACUUGCGCGCUCAGCGUUGCGCGAAAGUGCUUCCGCCACCUGGCCUUGGACUACGUUCUGCAGAUCAAUGUUCUCCAGGCCAAAAAGAAAUUUGAGAUCUUGGAUGCAAUGCUGUCCUUCAUGCAUGCCCAGUACUCCUUGUUCCAACAAGGCUACAAGCGCCUGGAAGAGGUGGACCCCUACAUGAAGAAGUUGGCAACAGAGUUGGAUCAGCUGGUGAUCGACUCGGCCAUGGAGAAGAGAGAGCUGGAGCACAAGCACGCAACCAUCCAGCAGAGGACGCUUAUGCAGGACUUUGCCUACGACGACUCCAAGGCAGAGUUCAAUCUAGACUCUCCCAGCGGCGUGGUGAUGGAAGGAUACUUGUUCAAGAGGGCCAGCAAUACCUUCAAGACGUGGAACAGACGCUGGUUCUCCAUCCAGAGCAGUCAGCUGGUUUACCAGAAGAAGCUCAAGGACUCUCUGACGGUGGUGGUGGAUGACCUCCGCCUGUGUUCCGUCAAACCCUGCGAGGACAUCGAAAGGAGAUUCUGCUUCGAAGUAGUCUCCCCGACCAAGAGCUGCAUGCUGCAGGCCGAGUCAGAGAAGUUGAGACAAGCUUGGAUUCAGGCGGUCCAGGCCAGCAUUGCCUCGGCCUACAGGGAGAGUCCUGACAGCCUCCGCAGCGAGCAUCUGGACAGAGCUGCCUCACCAUCCACCAGCAGCAUCGACUCAGCCAACGAGUCGCGAGAGCAUGGAAGCCGCGGCGAGGGCAUCUUGCAGAGGAUCCUUGGCCUCCCUGGCAACCAGCAGUGCUGCGAUUGCGGUCAGGCCGAUCCUCGUUGGGCAUCCAUCAAUCUGGGGAUCCUGCUGUGCAUCGAGUGCUCCGGCAUUCACAGAAGUCUCGGCGUUCACUGCUCCAAAGUGCGAUCGCUCACGCUGGACUUGUGGGAACCCGAGUUAUUAAAGUUGAUGUGUGAGCUAGGCAACGGUGUUGUCAAGCACAUCUAUGAGGGCUCGUAUCAGGAAGGACAAGGUGUGAGGAAAGCCACGGCAUCCAGUUGCAGGCAGGAGAAGGAGGCUUGGAUUAAGGCCAAGUAUGUGGAGAAAAGGUUUGUCAAGAAGAUGAUUGCUGCGUCGAGUCUUGUUAAUGGCGACAGGAAGUCAACGCGGCGCUGGACCGUCCAGAAGUGUCGCAGGCACAACAGCGCUACCACGGUACCAAAGACACGGCGGCGGUGCCGACAGGAUCUCCGGAGCGCUUCCCCGGCCAGCCUUUCCUCAGCGUCUGCCAAGUCUCGACGAGAGUCCUUGUUUUGCCCCGAUGAGCUGGACUCCCUUUUCUCCUAUUUCCACACCGGAUCUGGACCUCGAAGUCCGCCAGGCCUCAGCAGCGACAGCGGUUUGGGGAGCACCGACGGAAGCACUGACUUUCUGGUGACGGGGUCAGUGGUGGACAGCGUGACCGAGGAAGAGAGCGAGGCGUCCGAAGACUCGAGCGGCGAGGCCGAGCAUGACGCGUCGGACCCAGAGGACGGCAGGUACCUCCACCCUGGGGCGCUCCUGUACCGAGCAGCCAAGGCUCGCAACCUGCCCGUCAUGGCCGAAGCGCUGGCGCACGGCGCUGACGUCAACAUGGUUAACAAGGAUGACGAAGAGAAGACACCACUCAUACAGGCUGUGAUUGGGGGUUCCUUGUUAGCCUGCGAGUUCCUGCUCCAAAACGCCGCUGAUGUCAAUCAAAGAGAUGCUAGAGGGCGGGGCCCUCUGCAUCACGCCACCUACCUGGGCCACACGGGGCAGGUGUGUUUAUUCCUCAAAAGAGGCGCCGCCCAGAAUGAUGGCGAUGAGGAUGGCCACGACCCGUUGAGCAUCGCGGUGCAGCAAGCCAACGCUGACAUCGUCACCCUGUUGCGUCUGGCCAGGAUGAACGAGGAGAUGCGCGCGUCGGAGGGAGGCUUCGCCCAAGCAGGAGAUGCCACGUACCUGGACAUCUUUCGAGAGUUCUCGCACAUGGCUUCCCACAAUCCCGAGAAGUUGAAGAGGAGGAGCGUGCACUUCAGGCACUCCUUCAGGUAGUCAAGCCAGGGGACAAGUUGGACAAAAGCAAAAAUGUUUUUCCCUCUACUUCUUUUUAUUUCACUUUUUACUUUGUGUUUUAUUGUGUCCAAGAGGAUUAGCAGGUCUUAUCCUUACAUGGACUUUUUUUCCCCCAAAAACACCAAGCACAUGCUUUCUUGCACCCUGAAUUUUGAAACCAAGCAAAAGUACAGUAUAGUACUGUAUCCUUCAAAAUCAGUCGUAUUCUGUGCAGCAUACCCAGAAGACGUUUUUUUUUUUUCCAAAGGACACAUCCCCCAAACUAAUCAAUCAAACAUCACAACCAAAUGCCAUAGGAAUUGCAAAGUUGCUUAUUUCAGAAAAAAAACGUUGAGCUUUGGGAGAACGAGUUUUCCAAGAACAAACAAAAAAUGUCAAUCUUACGAGAAUAAAUUUGUAUUUUUCUGAGCUAGUCGUAAUAUUAAAACAAGUGCAGUGCAAGUGUAACAAGGAAAGAAAGUCUUUAAUUGUGGACAGUGAGUAAAUUUAAAAAUAAAAAUACCACUAUUCUCAUUAGACCUUUAGGUAAGAAAAAAAUAUGCUGUUUUAUUUAUUUUUUUAAAUAUAUGCUGAAACAUUACAACACUAUAAAAUUAUUCAUUGGCGUGGUAAAUUUCUGGAACGUUCCCUGUAAAUUCCCACUGCUGUGAACCAUUGUGCCAUUUGAAAUGAUGAGAUGCAAUAAAAUGUCAGUAAGGUUGGGAAACUCC